AUGCAAUCCUCCCGGUCACCAACCCUCCCCCCAAACUCUUCCUCCUCCUCCCCAACACCCGAAGGAGAGAAGCCGAAGCCCGCCCAGCACCAACAAACCACGCCGACGACCCCCUCCACGCACAAUGGCCUGCUCAGCCCGUUGCCGCUGCACAGCGCCGAGGUGGGCCUGACGCGCGAGCUGACGCCCGUGGAGCGCAUCCAGCGCAUCUUCGCGGUGCGCGCGUCGGGCGACGCCGGCCGCUCGGGCGUGCACCCGACCAUGUUCCUGCGCAACGUCUUCCGCUCCGCCAGCUGGGCCUCGCGCAUCGUCAACGUGCUGUGGCCCGUCGUGCCUGCUGCUAUUGCGGUGCGCUACGCCAUGCCGGAUAACCAUCUGGUGAUUUUUAUUCUGAGCUAUUUGGCCAUGGUGCCGUGUGCGAAUUUGAUUGGGUUCGCGGGCCAGGAGUUGAGUCGCAAGUUCCCGCAUGUGAUGGGGGUCAUUAUCGAGACUACGUUGGGGAGCGUGGUUGAGAUCAUCAUGUUCAUCGUGCUGAUCACCCGGCCGGCAAACCCAAAGAUCGACUACAUCCAGGUGAUCCAGGCCGCGAUUCUGGGGUCGGUGUUGGCCACCAUGCUGCUAUGCCUUGGACUGUGCUUCGUCGCGGGCGGUCUGAAGCGGGAAGAGACGCAUUUCAACGAGGCCGUGAGCGAAGCCGGAAGCGGGUUGCUUCUGACGGCCGGCUUCGGCCUGGCCAUCCCCACCGUCUUCGAACACAGCCUCAGCGGCAAGAUCCCGCAGGACGAGCUCAUCGACAAGACCAUCGAGAUCUCGCGCAGCACCGCCGUUUUGCUCAUGAUCGCCUACCUCAUCUACAUCUUCUUCCAGUCCCAAACCCACCACGGCAUCUAUGAUGCCAUCUUCGUGGCUGACGAGGAGCGCGACGCCGACAAGCACCUGGAGCGCAAGCACCACCGCCUGACCUUUACUGAGUGCUGCAUCGCGCUGACCGUGGCCAUCGCCCUCGUCACCAUCAUCGCCAUCGCCCUCGUCGAUCAGAUCCACUACCUCGUUGAGGAGCGGGGCGUGUCGGACGCCUUCGUCGGCCUCAUCCUCAUCCCGCUGGUCGAAAAAGCGGCAGAGCAUUUGACGGCCAUCGACGAAGCCUACGACAACCAGAUGAACUUUGCCCUGUCGCACGUGCUAGGUGCCACGCUGCAGACGGCCCUCUUCAACGCCCCGCUCGUCGUCAUUGUCGGCUGGGGGCUGGGCAAGCCCAUGGGGCUCAAUUUUGAGGUCUUUGACGUUGUUGUGUUGUUGUUGGCCAUCCUCACCGUCGGCAACUUCUUGCGCGACCAGAAGAGCAACUACCUCGAGGGCGCCCUGUGCGUGCUGGUGUAUGUUGGAAUUGCCGUAGCUGCGCUGUAUUAUCCGAACCCGCACACCAUUGCGGCGGCGGAGGGGGGUGGCGAGCAUCACUGA